UUCAACCUAACCUAACAUUUAGAACUUUAUUUACAAUUUUCUAAAACUUUAAUUUGCUUUAAAGUGCUUAAAGCACGAAGAAAUGAGGUCGAAAUUUAUUCUUCCAAGAAGAAUUAAAAUCAAAAACCCCUUUAUUAAUUAAAUUGAGUAAGAAAUUGGAUGAUUAAAAGAUGCCAAAUUGUCCUCAAUGUAACAGUGAGAUAUCAGAACCAACCCAACGGUUAGUUCAAGAUUCGUGUGGGCACCAAAAAUGUAGAAUUUGCCUUCUUGGAGAUUCGGAAAAGUGUAAACAAUGUUUUUCAAAACCACAAACUAAUUUAAGUAAUACAAAUAGUAAUAAAGGGGUUAUAAAGUACGAAAGUAGUCAACCUAAUGGGUCUAAAAGCAAACCCAACGAUUUUGAAAAACGUAGUUACCAACCGAUAAUUGUACCAAAUCAUGUUAGUUUUAAUAACGGUGUUUAUUCUUGUAAAAUAUGUAAAAAGGAAUUUAAAACGAAAGGGCACGUAAAGUUCCAUCAAUAUUGCGUUGGUGGUAAAAUGCCGUUAAAAUGUAAAACUUGUUUAAAAGAAUUCGUUUCAAAAUCACAUCUUCAUGUUCACUUAUUAUCGCAUGAAGAGAAAAAACCGCACGUUUGUGCGGAAUGUAAUAAAACCUUCGUUACUAAAAGCAAAUUAAAACGACACUCAUUAAUGCAUUCUGGCGAUAAAUCUUUCGUUUGUACAACGUGCGGAAAAUCAUUUUUCAGCAAAGAUAAACUUAAAGUACAUCAUUUAACGCAUAGCAAAGAAAAACCUUUUGGUUGUAAACAGUGUAAAGCAAGGUUUAAUAACUCAUCGAAUUUAAAAAAACAUCUUUCAGUACAUUUAAAGGAGGGUGUUCAUAUGUGCGAUCAAUGCGGAAAACGCUUUAAAUUAAAAGCAACUCUCAUGAUACAUCGUAAAGUUCACUCAAAUUAUCGAUCAUAUCAAUGUGAGAGUUGUCCAAAAGCUUUUUUUAAUCGCAAAGAUUUACAAAGACACGCAUUGGUGCAUUCAGAAGAAAAAUUAUAUAAUUGCGAAGAAUGCAAAAUCCCAUUCCGUAGAAAAGAUAACUUACAUAGACAUAUAAGAAAUUCCCACCCAGGGAAGAAACUUCCUUCCGAAAAAACAUCAAUUAAUAAAUCCAAACCGCAAUCGAAAAUAAUCGACACCCCAAACGCAAUCAACGUGAUAACAUCAUCAAAAUCGACGUCAUCAUCGAAAGAUUGCAUAAAAACGCCACCUGUAAUAAACGGCCCCUUUAAAUUGGCGUUUAAAACAUCCGCGUUUAAAAAUACUUAUAAUAUUCAAAGGAAUAUUGAGCCUGAAGAUAAUGUUAAUAUUUACGAAAAGAUUUUGUUGCCGAAUAAUAUUAUUUCGAAAAGAAAUGAUGUUGAGGAGGAGAUUGGGAAGAAAUCGGUGGAAAGGGAUGAUCAAGAAGAUGUUUAUAAAGUUUUUAAAUUUAAAUUGAUGAUGAAUAAAGAGAAAUAUUUGCAUGAGAAUCAAUCGGAUGAAUUUAAUUCGAAUAUCAUUGAAAGUGCAGGGAAAACGUAUACUGAGUUGAGGACUGUUAGUGAGAAUUGUGCGAGUGUGAUUGUUAGUGCUAAUAAUAAAAAUGAUGCGUUUAAAAAUCAUAUUUUAUAAAGUUUAU